AUCUUAGAAGGUGUAGGGUGGAAUUUGCUGGGAAAUUUCGCUACUGUAAGAGCACUUUAAAUUUAUUUCUAGCGUGCUUCUACCAGUAAUUCUCGCUGAGUAGUUGCUUGCGAAUCACCCUAGAAGUUCAAUUGUGGUGGAGUGCAGUUUUUCUGACUUGUCUCCUAAGGCUGUUGAUCCACUUUUAUCAUACUGUCUUGAUGGCCUCCAAUGAUGCAAAACACCCACUGCUAUCAGGAUCCACACUGCAAACAACUAAUACACAUGCUCCCAACAGAAAAAGAUUUUGCGGUGUCAGAAGGGCUCCUCUAACAGAGUUUAUUCCUUCAGAUGCUGGUGGUUAUGGCUCACUUUCACGCCCUCAAUCCAUUUUUGGGAAAUUCCAUCCAAGUUUGAUGCAAGUAGCUGCUGCCUUGUUUGUCUAUUUGGGUGUUGGCACCUCAUGCUUUUACUUGGUCAGGGAUGAUAUUGAAGGGACGAAAACAAAUCCAAUAAUAGAUGCUGUUUAUUUCUGUGUUGUGACAAUGACUACUGUAGGAUAUGGGGACUUGGUGCCAAAUACGGCCUUUUUGAAGUUACUUGCCUCUGUUUAUGUCUUCUUAGGCAUGGCAGUUGUUGGAUUAAUACUAAGCAAAGCAGCAGAUUACCUGGUAGAGAAGCAGGAAAUGUUGCUGAUUAAAGCUCUAAACAACUAUCACAAAAUAGGUCCAAGCCAAAUCAUAAAAGGGAUUGAAUCUAACAGAGUGAGAUACAAGUGUCUCUUGACAUUAGCCAUUAUUUUAGUGCUUAUGGUGGUUGGAACCAUCUUCAUAUCAAAGGUGGAACGUUUCAAACUUAUGGAUGCAUUUUAUUGUGUCUGUUCAACUGUCACAACAUUAGGUUAUGGAGAUGAGAGUUUCUCAACUAGAGGUGGUCGUGCAUUCGCCAUAUUUUGGAUACUGAUCAGUACUCUUUGUUUGGGUCAGUUUUUUCUCAACGUUGCUGAGAUGUUCACUGAAAGCAGACAAAGGGCACUGGUCAACUGGGUCCUUACUAGAAAGAUAACCAACCUUGAUCUGGAGGCUGCUGAUGUUGAUAAUGAUGGAGUUGUCGGGGCUGCUGAGUUUGUCAUAUAUAAGCUUAAAGAGGUGGGUAAGAUCACAGAUGAAGAUAUCUCACUUGAAAUAGAAGAGUUUGAGGAUCUUGAUAUUGAUCAAUCAGGAACUUUAUCAGCAUCGGAUUUACUGCUCGCUCAAACAACACAAACGAAGAGGUGAACUGAAACGUCACAUAUAAGGGCUAUUUCAUGAGUUUUUAGAAUCUACUUUAGCUUGUAUAUCAUGUGUUUGUAUCUUUAGGGUUAUCCGAGUUGUUCUCUCAUUUUCCCUUGUCUGCCAUAAAUUUGCUCAGCAUAGUUGAAAAGGUUUAAUCCCACGGUCUACUA